UUCUGACUCCUAGACGUCGAGCACUAGAGUGACUGUGCUGUCUUUUCACAAGAGGACGAGCAUCGGGACGCACACGCGACGUGUGCAGCUGAGAUUCAUCGAUCAUGGUACUGUUGCACGUGUUGUUCGAGCAUGCGUCCGGCUAUGCGUUGUUUGCAGUCAAAGAAGUCGAGGAGAUCAGCAUGCUGCUGCCUCAGGUGGAGCAGAGUGUGCUGAGUCUGGCCAAAUUCAACAGCAUGGUGAGCCUGGCUGCCUUUUUCCCUUUUAAGUCGGCUCAAACUGCCCUGGAGAACAUAAAUGCUGUUUCUGAAGGGGUGGUUCAUGCUGACCUCAAGUUGUUCCUUGAGACAAAUAUUCCUAAAUCUGGAAAGAAGAAAGCAACACUGGGAGUCGGAGAUGCCAAAAUUGGUGCUGCCUUACAAGAAGAAUUUGGGUUUUCCAUCCAGACCAGUGGUGUUGUGGCAGAAUUAACAAGAGGGAUUCGCCUUCACUUCCACAUGCUGGUAAAGGGGCUGACAGCUGUGGCGGCCUCCAAGGCCCAGCUGGGUCUAGGCCACAGUUACUCUCGAGCCAAGGUUAAAUUUAAUGUCAACCGGGCGGACAACAUGAUCAUCCAGUCCAUUGCGCUGUUGGAUCAGCUCGACAAGGACAUUAACACGUUCUCCAUGCGUGUCCGCGAAUGGUACGGUUACCACUUCCCCGAGCUGGUGAGGAUCGUGCCAGACAACUCUCUGUACUGCCGCUUGGCUCAGCUCAUCGGUAACCGGAAGGAGUUGACGGAUGAGAGCGUGGCAAGCCUGGAGGAGGUGGUCAUGGACAACGCUAAGGCGCAGGCCAUCCUCGACGCGUCCCGCUCCUCAAUGGGAAUGGACAUUUCGCCUAUUGACUUGAUCAACAUCGAGAGGUUCUCCAAUCGCGUGGUGUCUCUGGGGGCGUAUCGUCUGGAGCUGCAAGAGUACUUGCGCUCCAAGAUGAGCCAAGUGGCCCCCAACUUGGCUGCAUUGAUUGGAGAAGUGGUGGGCGCUCGUCUAAUCUCCCACGCCGGCAGUCUGACCAACCUGGCAAAGUACCCCGCCUCCACCGUCCAGAUCCUGGGAGCGGAGAAGGCCCUGUUCAGAGCCCUCAAGACUCGCGGCAACACCCCCAAAUACGGCCUGAUCUUCCACUCGACCUUCAUCGGCCGCGCCGCCGCCAAGAACAAGGGCCGCAUCUCCAGAUAUCUGGCUAACAAGUGCAGCAUUGCCUCGCGCAUCGACUGCUUCUCCGAAAUGCCCACCUGCGUGUUUGGUGACAAACUGCGUGAACAGGUGGAGGAGCGCCUGGCUUUCUUUGAGACUGGCGACCUACCGCGUAAGAAUGUCGACGUGAUGAAAGAGGCCAUGGAGGAGGUGACCACGGCUGCUGAAGUGAUGCGUAAACAGGAAAAGAAGCGCAAGAAGCGUGAAAAGAAGCAAGCGCUCCUUGAAAAUGGAGAAGAGAAUGGUGACAACAAGGUUAAUGGUGACUCUGAAACACCCGGGAAAAAGAAAAAGAAACGUGCGGCUGAGGAAGAGGUGGAAGUCCAGGCUGACGAGGCAUCGGCUGCAGAGAACGGAGCAGGUGAUGCUUCCACCAAGAAAAAGAAACGCAAGUCUGAGCCUCAGGAGGCUGCUGUGGUAGAGGCUGAGGAGGACACUGACACGCCGGCUAAGAAGAAAAAGAAACGAAAGUCGGUUGUCAUUGAAGCUGAGCCAGUGGAAGUCAUCCCAGAAACUCCAGUGUCUGAGAAGAAAAAGAAAAAGAAAAAAAAUGUGGAGUGAAGAAUGGGAUGGAUUGACUCCAGACUGAACUAUGUUUGUGUAUAGAUCACUUUAUUCAUGUCCUUUUUUUUGGACUGUACAGAUGCUUUACCCGUGCCUUGCAUUAUCAAAAAUUUACUUGUACUUAUGUAAAUAAAUCUUCAGUUCUUUACAAAAACA